AUGGCUACCCUUGCUUCGAAUCUUCCCAACAUCGGUGGCAGUCACGGUAAACGGUUAGGGUCAGCCAGUCGCCAGCGAACAGACGGUCGAGCGGGAAGCCCGCGAUUAUCAAAACACGGACCAACGACUUCUGUAACUGGUAGAAUAAUCAAUGGCACCCCUAACCCUAUGGCAGAUGCAUCCCUACCACCAGUGGAAAACAACAAAUUCGGUAUCAUCGGCCCCAUUCCUCUUCGGCCCAAGAGCAAAGCCGACGUACCAUUGAUAACCAACCGAUUGGACGUCCGGUUUCAACUUUCAGAAGGAACAGACGUGAAGCAGGACUUACUGGCACCAGGCACCGCAUACUUGGGCUCUAGCAUUAAUGAAAGUGAUUUGACGAUCAUGCUCUCAGGGGGCACAUUGGCUUCUCACACGGCGCCAGCAGCAUCAGGAUGUCAUCAAUGGAGUCUCAACGACACGGAGGAUGAUGAUCAGUACAUAUAUCCGUAUCCCCCUGCCCCGCUCACAAAUGGACCAUUUCGUACUCCGACCAUCUCAUAUCCUACGAAACAGCAAAAUGCCCGACUAGUCAAGCUUCUAGCUUUGCUCAACCGUGCAAAUGGCGCAGAAGGUAGAGAUUAUGCUGGCGGUGUUCGGAGGCGGGAGAAUGAGUACAGCUUUGCGGUGGAGGAUUCAUAUGUUGGAUUUGAGAAGAAUUUGGUGGACAUUCAAAAGCUACUGGAACGUGCCAAGAACAUUGACGAAAAAGCUUAUAACGGUGCUUCCUUGGUGACUAGCGAAGGGGACAAAGCAGGAAAGCGACGCAAAGUGGAUAAACCAACUGCACAACAACAUCACCAACCGCAAUUAUUUGAUCUAUUGACGGAGAAUAAAACAUUGGCCGGACGAAAGCCUAUUCGCGUUAUCGCUGCAGAAUUGGAAAAGCGCAUUGAAACCUUGAAAACAAAUCAGGCGGAAUGGGAAGCAUUUCAAACCAAGAUUUCAGAAUACCGCGCUGCCGACAAUGACCGUGCGCGGACGAUACCAGCUGAUCUGAUCCGCCAAAACAAGCUUGCAGUCGCUCAGAUGCAUCCAAGUCAGCGACGACUUAUGAUACAAGAAGGGAAAGAGCUGCAUGACCGGCAUCGUGCUGACGUUCGCAAUCGAAAAAUGCAGCAAGAUAUGGAUCUGUGGAAAGAGCAUGUACUUGCGCUGCGAAAGAAGCAAGAUGCAGUGGAGCAUACUAAGAAGAAGGAGAAAGAUCAGAUGGGGAGAGCCCAAGCCCUCCAGAAAAAGUGGUUUAUCCUCACCGCAGUUGCUAGUCGAAUGACAAUAAUGAGAAUAGUGCUCGAGACGGAACGAAAGCGGCGUGCAGAGUUGUUGGUUAAAGUUCAUGCUGCAAGAGUCAUUCAAAAGGCAUAUAGAAAGUAUAAACAAGCGCAAUAUGAACGGAACAAACGCUUGGCGCUUGCAAAGAUAGCUGUGGUCUUUCAUAAAUUUAUCCGCCGUCGUCGUGAAGUACAAAAGCACCGAGCUUCGAACACCAUUCGUCAAUUCUUCCGGGAUGUGUACGAUGUUUCGAGGCUCAUGAAAGUCGUCAAGAAGUAUCGGUUUUCAGUCGUCAAAGCGCAACACUAUGUCAUUGGCUGGCAUGCAAUUCGCAACGCGCAAGUGGAUGUCAUUUGCAAAUACUGGGAGAAGCUGGAGCCGCUUUGGUGGAGUUUAAGAAAGGUGCAUGGAGGAGGGGGAACACCGCUUGCAGGGGCACGAAAACUUGGAUCGUCAACGGAACUCGAUGACAAGAAGGUUAAAGGAAAAAAAGGACGAACAAAAGCAAGAAAGGACGACAAUACUGAUAAAGUGCCUUUGAGAAUUGCAGACAACACAAAGAGGGCGGUUAUUCUUGAAGAUCUGAUCAAACGGCGAUAUCAGCACCGCAAGCAACUUGCGCAAUACGUACAAGAUCUCGGUGCAUUUAAUGCAAGCCACAAGUCUGGGAAGGGCGAACCCGGUCCUCCGAGGCGUCCGAUCUUCAAGCUUCUACCACUUCAAGCCGACAUGAUAGCUCUAAUUGAAAAGGGGUUCUUAGAAGCGACAUCUUCAGGAUUCCGCUGAAUGGAAUGACUGUUAGACGAUGACAUACGUUUGUACAUAAAUAGAAAGCAAAUACUGGGACCCUGCUUAAAAAUAUGUUUCUCACAUGGUACAUAUCGCUACCACACUACUACAA